AUGGCAGAAGAUUACUUAUCUAAUUUACCUGUUGAAAUACUUCGGCAUAUUUUUCAAUAUUGUGAUGCUAUAACAAUUCUGCAUAAAAUUGGUUCUGUGUGCAAAAGACUUCGUGCUGUUGCUUAUCAAUACAAUGAAAUUAAACUUGAAGUUACUCAAACAAACUAUAACGCCUUGAAGACAAUUCUUCAUGGGAUUCCUUCGCAUGCAAUUACUUCUAUGGAGAUAUCUUACACCAUCGAUAACACAGAGAAAGCUGUUAUAGAAUAUUUUACAUCUCAAAUUACUCGAUUUACACAAAUGCAAUACUUGUUAUUGCGUUCUGUGAGUAAUUAUUAUAUGAAAUGUUUUUUACAAGAUUUAAAUGGUAUACAACUAAUAUCACUUACAAUUGAUAUACGACAAGUACCCAAUGAAUUUAUAUAUUCUAUAAUUCCAUCCGUAAUUUCAAAAUUAAAUCUUCAAAAAUUCUGCUGUACUAGUUUGAAUUACAAACUCAAAAAUAUUUCAUGGCCCUCUGACUGUAAAUUGACUUAUCUAGGAAUGAAUAGUUGUCUUUACAGUGAAUAUACUAAUAUUCUUCAACAAUUACCUUAUCUAAAAACAUUACGAUUGAAUGAAAUUAUUUUCGACAAUGAGAAGAUGUCUGAUGUUUCAUUUACGUCACGAUUAACUUGUCUAACCCUUGAAGAUUGUUCAUUAUCAAUAGAACAUCUCAAAUUACUAGUUUCUAAAACACCUGCAAUUCGUAAUUUAACACUGGCUUUUCAUAAUAAGAUAUUUCAGUCUAUGGCUGAUAUUUACGAUUGGGAAACGUUCAUUCGAAUUCAACUUAAUUUUCUCGAUAAAUUGGAAUUUUUUAUCUCUUAUGAGUAUUCAUUUGAUCAUAUGAUUAACCUUGAGUUAUUUGUCGAGCCAUUUAAACAAUCAUUUUGGCUCAAUGAAAAUCAUUGGAAUGUUGGGUGUGAAUACAUAUUUGAAUACAAAAAGAAGAUUCUACUCUAUACUAUAUCAAGUGCUACUCGUUUUCGUCAAUAUUUAUUUUCAACUAAUGGAAUUCUAUUGAAACAGAAUAACUAUUACAUAACUAAACGAGAAAACAAACAACCAAUUCAUAUUGCUCCAUGCCAUACACUUGUCGCGCUGAAUUUACGUUGGUCAUUUGUUAAUUUGUUGGGUGUGAAAUAUUUAAUGCAUGCAUUCAAAAACAAUCAAACUCUUGUCAAAUUAGAUUUAAGCACAAAUAAAAUAAAAAAUAUAGGUAUAACAUUGAUCGUCGAUGGAUUAAAAAAUAGCAAGGCACUUACUGCAUUGAAUCUAUCUGAUACGCAUAUGGAUGAAGAAGGUGCACAAUAUGUAUCAGUCUUGCUCGCAAAUGAUACAACUCUUAAUGAAUUAAAUAUUGGUCGUAAUCAAAUCAAAGAUACUGGUAUCCAAUAUCUCGUACAAACACUGCAGAACAAUUAUACACUUACUAAAUUAACUAUUGACAGAAGUUAUAUCGGAGAAAAAGGAGUUCAUCUUAUAGCUCAGUUGUUGGAAAACAAUACAACACUUACUAUGGUGAACUUGGCAUAUAAUAACAUAGGAGAUAAAGGAAUGCAAUUAAUUUGUGAAGCACUUCAGAAAAAUACAACAUUGAAGAAAAUAAAUAUCGAUCAAAAUGGAAUUGGAGAUAAUGGUGCAAAGUUCUUAGCUCAAUUAUUGCAAAAUAAUACUGUGAUUAUCGAAAAAAUUAGCAUUGCAGAAAAUCAUAUUCAAGAUGAUGGUGUACAAUAUCUUGCUGUAGCUCUACGAAAUAAUAGAACUAUCACAACACUUAAUCUUGCCCGAAAUAGAAUCAGUACUCGUGGUGCGGAAUGUCUAGUUGAUGAACUGCAAUCGAAUACGGUUCUUACUGAGUUGAAUUCACAGGGAAACAAGUCUGGAUCUGCAGAAGCUGUUGGAGUCUACAUACGCAUGAAAAAAUUCACCAUUAAUAACAGUCAUCGUAUUAUGGGGAAUUCAAAUUUGUGA